AUGAGGAGCCUCUCGUUGCUAAUCCUUGUCUUGGCUACCGUACUCGCCGUGCAGGGAAUGGGACGGAAGAGGCGCGAUACGGAUGAUGAGGGAGGUUUCUUUGGGCGGAAGAAGCGCGAUACGGAUGAUGAGGGCCCACACUCGCUGUGGAAGCGCCAGGUGGAUUAUCACAAGCUCCGUUCCAAGCGAAGCGAUGAGUGCCCGACUUGCGGGUGGUUUGGUAACUGGGGCAUGGGGCUGAAGAAGCGCGAUACCGAGGACCAGCGCCCGCACUCGUUGUCGAAGCGCCAAUCUGAAGAUGAUGAUCCCUCUGCCGCUCGCUCAAAACGCCAACUUCACGAGGAUAAGGGACCGCACAGGCUCUCAAAGCGCCAGACCGACGUUGAAGUCGAUACUGAGAUCUCCAAGCGUUCGAAGCGCCAGGAAACUGACGUCAACACUGGGCGCCGGCCCGUCCCAACCGAUUUCCAAGCUCUCGAAAUC